UAUAAUAAUUUGAAGUAAAACAAAAGUAAUGUUUUCUCCAUCAAAAUACUAAAACUAAUGUAAAACAUAAUAGCAACACAGGAAGUUGCUUCAUACCUAGCCAGAGUGCUUCUACAUUUAAUCUAGAAUUGUUACAAUGAGUGGUAGCCAUUUUUCUAAAUAUGGCAUGUAAAGUAACACAUGACAUCCCACCUAUUGUUUCUUUCCUUCUUUCUUAGAGCAAUAAACAAUGGGCUCUUGGAUACGUAUCAGUUGAAGUCUUUGGAUGGACUUAUAGAAGGUGAUCUAGCAGACUUAGUUCUCAUCAAAGACAGAAAAGGAAAGCUGCGUAUCACCCUCCGGUUCUACUUGGAGAACAGCAAUAGCAGUGACCCAGAAUCUGUCACUCUUCCACAGGACGAAUUAGACAACUUUGCCACUCGUGCACCUUAUGACCGUGCCAUUCGCUGCCUGGGUUGGAAGUUUGACUUUUCCAUAUUCAACAAGUCUGUUGGUUUGAUGCAUGGCAAAGGCAGUAAGAAGAAGUAUCCUUUGAUCAAGCCCAGCUAUGAAGCCAAAGCUACUCGAGGUCUUUUUCUUCUCGGAACUGCAAGCCAUUCAGUAGAUUUUAGGAAAUCUGCUGGCGGUUUUAUUCAUGGCUUCCGAUACACAGCCCGUGCAGUUCAUCGCUUACUAGAAGUCCGUCACCACAAAGUGCCCUGGAAUGCUACAAAAUUUGAAUACCUGGAGGAGUAUCCAAUUGGAGUCCUACAAGACCUGGAGUGGCGCACGGGAAGAAAAAUACAGGAUGGACUUUUUGUUAUCAUGAUGGAGUAUGGAAAAAACUUCUCUGGUCCUGACAAGGAUGUCUUCUACUAUAACCGUGCAGUAGGAGAGCCAGAGCAUGCUUGGCAGUCUAACUUCCUGCAUCCUGUAAUUUAUUAUUAUAAGCAACUUCCCACUGAACGUGAAAUGAGACUGUGCCCACCAGAUUGGCCCUUGCCUCGCCCAGACGCAAUCCAUCACAUUGUGGAAGAUUUCCUGACUGACUGGACUGCUCCAAACGCACAUGUCCUCCCACUGAGACGUUUCUUGGAGAAUUGCCUUGAAACUGAUUUACGCAGAUUCUAUGCAGACUCCUGCUUUCUGUUUGCCUUCACUCACUUGAGGCUGCCUCCCUCCUGCCAGCAAGGGUACAUGAGAAGGCAAGGGCUUGUGGGAAGUGAAAAGCUUCAGCAUCAGAGAGUAGCAGCAGAGCUGGUUGAACAUGCAGCUAUGAAGUCUCAAGAUGAACGAGAGAAUGGCGCUAUGCAAUCCCACAACCAGCUGCUAAAAAGUUCAAAGAUAUCCAGUCAUCAGCUGCAACAUCUUAGAAGCACCAAGGAUGAACUUUAGCCUGCACCCAACUAUUUCGAAAUUCACACGUGCUAUAGACACAAUACCAUGGCAAAGAUCUGCAGAGGAGUUCCAGCAUCUGCUCAGGUUCCUAACCAUUCCUAGAUGAGGACCGUAUCUCAUCUGUACCAUAUUCUUGCACAAACCUGCAGAUCUUUAUGAACAUGAACGUAUACAUUCCUUGGUAGGAUUGAACAGAUGAUAUUUUAAUGGAUGGUGUUAGCCUCUAGAGGUGGGAAAUAUUAUGCGUUGUAAAGAACAGAGAACAGUGACAUCUCCAGGCCAGUAAGAGUGAAUAGCUGAGUCCUUUUAUACCAGGUUUUCAAGAUGCACUGUUACUAUAGUCAUUAGUGUGUUCUGUAGAACUGGCAUGCUUGAAUGCCAGCCUGUUUAUUUCAAGACAAAAUGUUCUUGCAUGUUAACCAGAGUAUUUCUUCUGUUUGCACUAUGCCCCACUUAAUUUAGUUUAAUCAUCUGUUUCCUAUUUUAUGUAUUUUUCAUAUUUUUUAAGGUAAGAGUAGGUUAGGAAUACUGUUUGCACUUUUUUGCACCUUUACCUCUAGUGCAUUGAUUACUCUGACUUUUAUUGAGUUGUAUGUAGCAAGCUAGAAAUAAUCAAAGCUUAUUUCGUAUUUAUUUCUUCUAGUUGUUUGGCAGAUAAAAUGAAUGACAUUCAUACAUUUUCUUCUUCUGUCUCACCAGAGUCCAUAACAGAAGUGCCCAGAGCACAGGUGGCAAGCAAAGCACACAUCCUGCACAUAAAAGAUCCCUGCUUUGAUUCCUGGCACACACUGUCUCAAUAUGAUGCCCUCCAGAUUCAUGGACUACAUUUCCCAAAAUUCUCAGCCAGACAUUGUCAUGGCUAAAAAUUAAGGAAAGAAAAAAUCUAGCAAAUCUGAAAGCUAGCUGCUUCGGGAAGGCUAUACUAACACUACCAAAUUAAACAAGAAGGACCAAAGUUUUGGGAUAGUUCUACAGUUUGUUGGUUAGAGAUGAGAGUUGCAUUCCAACAUAUUUGGAAACAUAAAAUUAGAGGAUAGAUAGUACUGAGUUAGAUAUGCCAAUGGUAUUCUUGAACACAAACUAGGAUUAUGCAAAAGUGAUAUUUGAUAUCGCUUCUACUGGAUAUUUUUUAUUUGGUCACGUUAACAUAUGUGAAGAUCAUACUAUUCUAUAAUAUAGGAAAAUUUGUAUUCCUUUCUUACAAGCACACUAUCUAAAUCUUUAUAUUCUUUAAUUUUUGCAAUGAUACCAGAUAAUUCAUUAAUUUUGGGUUGCCUUUAUCUUUUCAAAUAGUCAUUUCUCUGUAUGUGUUUAACAAUACAUGUGGUUUAAAACCUGCUCCAGGGAAAUGAGAGUGGAAGAUAGUUGUUCAUAAUGUUAUGAACACUACCCCAAAUUGCCCGUCACUGGGAUUACAUAGUGUGGGAGAAGAAACUAUGUUACUAAGCUAGAAACUAGCAUAACCCUCAUUUGAUGACACUGAUUCAUACCAAGCUACCUCCAUUAUUCUACCAUAUUAUAUCUGUCUUUAUUCUUGCCUGUUCUUAUUGUCCAGAUAUUGUUGCUGUUUCCUAAAUAUGCAUGAUCAGUACAG